GGAGGAAAAGGAGAGGGAGAGGGGAGUGUCUAGAGAGGGUUGGGGGGAUGCUUUCUGUCCUGAGUUGGGAUUGUGUCUCCAGGGUAAUUAGGAAUAUUUACAUUUUAAAAGCUCUCUGGCCCCCAUGCGGGAUGUACUUUGAGAUAAGGGGGGUGAGGCAAGGGUUUCUGUGGUGAGUGGCCUAACUUAACUACCUGACCUGUCUGGAAAAGCCUCCAGCAGUCCAGGGAGACGUGGCUUUACUGAGCUUUUAGGAAGGGAAGGAGAGGAGAGUGGAGGAGAAAAACGAGCAUUUCUAGAGUGCCUGCUGGGCAGGAGGACCAAUUUUAAUUUACCUUAGUCCUGUGCACACUCCAGGAGAAAGAGGUCGUACCCAUUUUACAAGGGAACAAGCCCAGAGAGGAUAGAUGACUUACUCAGUCACAUUUGUGACACAGCCUGGACUCAAACCCAACUUUGCCUGAUCUGGAGCUCUGUGGCUCCUCAUGCAAACCACAGAAACUGACCUUUAGCUUCUGCUACUUACCAAUGUGACAUCAUGAAUUGUUUAACCUCUCUUGUACCUCAGUUUCCCCCUCUUAACUGCAGACAAAACCUCACAGGGUUAUUGUGCAGGUCAAGGUAAGUUCUGUCAACAGUUUAGUACUUAUUUCAAAUGUUUGUUGCCAUAAUUCAGAUUUUAACGAUAUUCAUGCUACUUUCCGGCCAUAUUGCAGCCAUUGGCUGAGAUUAGAUGUAGAUGAUUCAAUUCUUUUUUGUUGUAUUGGGGUUUGAACUCAGGGCCUCAUGCUUGCUAGGCAGGCACUCUUAACACUUGAGCCACUCUGCCAACCUGAUGAUUCAGUUCUUGAACUUUGUGUAACUAAGUAACUAACUAAUCUUUUUGUCUCUCUCUUACUCUUAAUAGUUUAAUGCUGUUUUCCAAUGCUUUGAUAAAAACUUCUGGAAACAAAAUGAGGUGGAGUUUGGACACUAGACCAUGUGCCUAGGUAGCUUUUUCUUUCUCCGCAGCUCUGCUCCCCAGCAACGCUCCCCACGCCUUUGGUUUGAGAGCCUUGUGAAGCCCUUGCUAGCAUCCAGCCAUGGGGGACAUGAAGACCCCAGAUUUUGAUGACUUGCUGGCCGCUUUUGACAUCCCAGACCCCACUAGCCUUGAUGCCAAGGAGGCCAUCCAGACCCCCAGUGAGGAGAGUGAGAGUCCCCUUAAGCCUCAGGGCCUGUGUAUGGAUGAGAGUGUGUCCUUGUCUCACUCGGGAUCAGCCCCAGACCUGCCGGCCGUGAGUGUCAUUGUCAAGAACACCAGCCGCCAGGAGUCAUUUGAGGCAGAGAAGGACCACGCUGCUCCUAGCCUUCUGCACAAUGGGUUCCGGGGCUCAGCAUUGCCUCCAGAACCCCACAGCUGUGGGAAGUUUGACUCCACCUUCAUGAAUGGAGAUGGUGCCAGGAGCUUCCCUGGCAAGCUGGAGCCUCCCAAGUCCGAGCCACUACCCACCUUCAACCAGUUCAGUCCAAUCUCCAGCCCUGAAUCCGAGGAUCCCAUCAAAGAUAACGGGUUUGGGAUAAAGCCCAAGCACUCGGACAGCUAUUUCCCACCUGCACCUGGGUGCGGGGCCAUUGGGGGCCCAGUCCUGGAGGCACUGUCCAAGUUUCCAGUUCCUGAGCUACACAUGUUUGAUCACUUUUGUAAGAAAGAACCCAAGCCAGAGCCCCUGCCCUUGGAGAGCCCACAGGCACAGGAGCGGGGCGGGCAGAAGCCAGCAGAGCCUCACAAAGACCUGGAUUCCUCCAGUCGAUUCUUUGGGGAAGCUCUGGAAUUCAACAGCCACUCCAGCAACAGUAUCGGAGAGCCCAAGAAGCUUGCCCUGGAGCUUGGCACCUGCUCCUCAGUCCCCCCAAGGCAGCGGCUUAAGCCAGCUCAUUCCAAGCUAUCCUCUUGUGUGGCAGCCUUGGUGGCCCUACAGGCCAAAAGGGUGGCCAGUGUCACCAAGGAGGAUCAGCCUGGCCAUACAAAGGAUCCCUCAGGGUCUACUAAAGAGGGUUCUAAAGGCAGCCCCAAAAUGCCCAAGUCACCAAAGAGUCCCCGGAGCCCUCUAGAGGCCACUAGGAAGAGUAUGAAACCAUCAGACAGCCCUCGGAGCAUCUGUAGUGACAGCAGCAGCAAAGGCUCCCCUUCUGUGGCUGCCAGCUCCCCGCCAGCCAUUCCCAAAGUCAGAAUCAAAACCAUUAAGACGUCAUCAGGGGAAAUCAAACGCACCGUUACAAGGAUCCUGCCAGACCCUGAUGAUCCGAGCAAGUCCCCUACUGGGUCACCUGGGGGGAGCGCCAUUGGCGAGGCUCCAAGUGAGGCACCGGCGGAGGAGGGCAUGGCCCUGACUGUGGAGGAGCACUUUCCAGAGGCAGGCACAAAUUCAGGGAGUCCCCAGGGCGACAGGAAUGGGGAUGAGAGUAUAACAAAGGCCAGUGACUCUUCGUCUCCCUGCCGCCGCUCUGGGUCCCGGGCAAAGGGGGCUGCCCCAGGCUCACAGACAGGCAAGAAGCAACAGGGCGCGGCAGUGCAGGCCUCAGCUGCGGCCCCUGCAAAUCUCCUGCCCAAAGCUGUGCACCUGGCCAACCUGAACCUGGUCCCCCACAGCGUUGCUGCAUCUGUGACGGCCAAGUCUUCUGCACAGAGACGGGGCCAGCCGCAACCCACUCAAAUGUCAGUGCCCCUGGUCCACCAGGUGAAAAAAGCUGCCCCUCUGAUUGUGGAGGUCUUCAACAAGGUCCUCCACAGCUCCAACCCCGUGCCCCUGUAUGCGCCAAAUCUCAGCCCGCCUGCGGACAGCAAGAUCCAUGUGCCGGCCAGUGGGUACUGCUGCCUGGAGUGCGGGGACGCCUUUGCCUUAGAGAAGAGCCUGAGCCAGCACUAUGGCCGGCGGAGCGUCCACAUCGAGGUGCUGUGCACGCUGUGCUCCAAGACGCUGCUCUUCUUCAACAAGUGCAGCCUGCUCCGGCACGCCCGUGACCACAAAAGCAAGGGGCUGGUCAUGCAGUGCUCACAACUGCUCGUGAAGCCCAUUGCUGCGGACCAGAUGUUCGCCUCAGCGCCUGUAAACUCCACAGCACCAGCAGCCCCGGCCUCCUCCUCCUCCUCCCCCAAAGCCAGCCCUGCCCCGGGCAGUGCCAGCUCUUCCCUACCAGCCUUGCCGCUUUACCCGGACCCUGUGAGGCUCAUCCGGUACGGAACCAAAUGUCCUGAAUGUCACAAGCAGAUGAGGGACUACAUGGUCCUGGCUGCACAUUUCCAGAGGACGGCGGAGGAAGCGGAGGGGCUGGUCUGUCAGGUGUGCCAGAUGCUACUGCCCAACCAGUGCAGUUUCUGUGCACACCAGCGAAUUCACGCACACAAGUCCCCCUACUGCUGCCCGGAGUGUGGUGUCCUCUGCCGCUCUGCCUACUUCCAGACCCACGUGAAGGAGAAUUGCCUGCACUAUGCCCGCAAGGUGGGCUACAGGUGCAUCCACUGUGGUGUCGUCCACCUGACCUUGGCCUUGCUGAAAAGCCAUAUCCAGGAGCGGCACUGCCAGGUCUUCCACAAGUGUGCAUGCUGCCCCAUGGCCUUCAAGACCGCCAGCAGCACUGCAGAGCACAGCACUGCCCAGCACCCCACCCAGCCCCACAAGCCCACCCAGCUCAUCUACAAGUGCUCCUGUGAAAUGGUCUUCAACAAGAAGCGGCACCUUCAGCAGCACUUCUACCAGAAUGCCAGCAGGACACAGGCUGGCAUCUUCAAGUGCCCUGAGUGCCCGCUCCUGUUCCUGCAGAAGCCUGAGCUCAUGCAGCAUGUCAAGAGCACCCACGGUGUUCCUCGAAAUGUGGACGAGCUGUCAAGCCUCCAGUCUGCAGCAGACACGACAUCCAGCCGCCCUGGCUCUCGAGCUCCCGCUGAGCCCCCAGUCAUGAGUGUGGCUGCUCCAGGCAGCUCCCUGCCCUCUGGCCGCUGGGGCCGACCAGAAGCCCACCGCCGGGGGGAAGCCAGGCCCCGGCUGAGGAGCACGGGCUGGACCUGCCAGGAGUGCCAGGAGUGGGUUCCUGAUCGGGAGAGCUAUGUGUCCCACAUGAAAAAGAACCACGGACGGACACUGAAGCGGUACCCGUGUCGGCAGUGUGAGCAGUCCUUCCACACCCCCAGCAGCCUGCGCAAGCACAUCCGUAACAACCAUGACACAGUGAAGAAGGUGUACACGUGUGGGUACUGUACCGAGGACAGCCCCAGCUUCCCUCGGCCCUCCCUCCUGGAGAGCCACAUCAGCCUUAUGCAUGGCAUCAGAAGCCCUGACUUGAGCCAGUCAUCCAAAGUCAGACCUCCUGGCAGACAUUCCUCUCAGGUGAACCAUCUGAAAAGACCAGUCAGCGGAGCAGAGGAGGCUCCAGGCACCAGCACUGGCGCGGCUGUCCCUUCCACCAAAAGGCACAAGUCCCUUUUUCAGUGUGCGAAAUGUAGCUUUGCCACAGACUCAGGGCUCGAGUUUCAGAGCCACAUACCUCAGCAUCAGGUGGACAGCUCCACAGCCCAGUGUCUGCUCUGUGGCUUGUGCUACACUUCAGCCAGCUCCCUCAGCCGCCACCUCUUCAUUGUUCACAAAGUGAGAGACCAGGAGGAGGACGACGACGAGGAGAUAGUGGAGGUGAAGGUGGAGGCAGCAGAUCCGGAGGAGGGCUCUGGGGAGGAGGUGGCCAUGGAAACUAGGGAGAAUGGACUGGAAGGAUGUGCUGACGAGCCUUUGUUAGCUGACCCAGAGGUGAGGGGAUCACUGGGCCUGGCCCUGGAGGAAGACGGUGCCCAAGAUGCUCACAGUGGAGCGCAGGCGCCUCAGGACCAGGACAGCCAUGUGCUGUCCUCUCAGGUGUGACUGGAGGCUUCGCAGAGUGUGCUGCCAGGGCGGGGCUGCAGCAUCUCCACCUGCUGUGCAGACUGUGGGAAACAAGGCUGGGCCCCAGUGUGCGGGAGACCGCUGUGCCCUGAGCGGUGUCUGCCCUGAGCUGCAGGUUCUGGUGUCCUCCAGCCCC